GUUUACAUUUCAUUUUUCUGUUUGUUUUGUUUUUAUCAACGAAGGAAUUUGCUUUAAAAUCUAAAACGUUCAUUCAAUUUUUUUUUAUUCUUAUAUUAAUAAUAAAUGAAUGAUAAUGGCUCAAGUUCCACAUUGUGAUUCUUUUGGUUCAUUGCAACAACCAAUAUCACCUCAACAAUCACCUUUUCUAUCAUCAUCACCUAGUCUUCGAUUUUCAACAUCAUUAUCAUCGACAAUUUCGAUGCCAUCAUUGAAUAAUCAACCAUUAGAUUAUCAAUGUGUUUCUCCAUUAUCAAAAUCAUCGCCAUCAACAUCAACAACGAAACGACGAAAACAGGCAAAUCCUCGCCAACGAAAACAGCAUAAUGUUAUUAAUGGUAAUGAUCAUUUGAAAUCGCACAUGAUCAACCUAUCGAAAAACUACGUUUGUGUGUACGUGUGGGAGUGAGAAAAAAAGGUGGUGUUUUUCUAUCAAGAUUUCUGGUUAUUAUCAAACUAAAGUCUUUCAUUAGACUAAUCAUAUAGAUUUGAUUUAAAAAAAAUCAUAGAUUAUUUUCCUACCAAACAAAUUUUUAUCAUCACCUUAAUUGGUAAUAUUUUAAUUAUUUGCUCUGAUUCAUACGCAUUCAUUUGCAUAGACACAGACAAACACACACACACACCUCUAUUCGAUAAUUUUUUUCCCUUUUUCCCCUUUUUUUCCGAUAAAAGUUGUUUGUUCGUUGUUGUUUGAUGAUUUUUUUUUCUCUCUGAUUAGCUCUCUUCCGAUUUUGUUAGCUCGACUUUGAUGAACGACGUAGUUAGCCUUU